AUGGAUCUCUCUCUUAAGAUCUUCUCAACCCUAUCCCCACUUAUUGACUCAACCUAAACUCCUAUAACUCUCCUUAAGACAUAUUACUCAGAAAAAUUCCAAAAACUAUAAGAUGCGUACUCAAGACUUAAGGCUGAGCAGAGUGGUUACACAUUGACUGAAGAGGAACUGUACGACAUGUAUGAGAAAUAGUAAAAUAUUAAGAAGGCAUAGUAUGAGAAAGUAUAGAAAGAGACUGAGAACAUGUAUGGUGCUGAUUAAAAGACAAAGGAGAACUUUGAAAAGUGGAAGAGACAAAGGUUCUCUGCCUAUGAUUAGAAUUAGCAUGAUGAGUUCCUCAAGAAUAGAUAUGAGAAGACUUUUUACAAGUAUGCAAACACCCAAAACCAAGAUGACACAAAGAGCUAGAAGCCUGUCUAGCAAGAACCUGUGAAUAAGUUUAACCCUCAAUCGCAUUUUAAUUAAGAAUCAAAUCAAUAGCAGCAUGGUAAUUAGUCAUUUAGAGGAGAUCCCAGAGCAAGAUACAAUCAAGGCAAUGACAAUAAGAUGGCUUUUUAGCAUAACUCUAAGUUCUUGGCGUUUAUAACUAAUAGACCAUAUCGAUCUAAAUUAAUCGACUAUUAUUGGGAGGAGAUUUUAGUGUAAGAAUUACGAAUAUUUUACUAUUUAAGUGGAAUAAUCUUUGUUGGAAUUGGCUUCAAUGUUUGCCUGUAUUACUAUUCAAGAAUGCGCUAGCAAAUUCACAAAUAGGAGAGACUUUAGGACCUAAUAGAUCACAAUCAUAAAACCAAAAGCAAGAUCUACAUUGAUAAAAACUUUGUGGCUGAUAAUAAUAUUUCCAUGCAAACUUUAUUGGAAUGGUAUGACUAGCCACAGAAGUACAACUUUUCAAAUCACUUGAGAAAUAGAAUUCUCAGGGAGAAAAAAAGAUAAAUUGAUGCUGAUAUUAGGGAUCGACUGGGUAUGUAGAGUGAUGAGGAUUGA